UGAUACAGCUGUCAAUGAAAUAAUUUGAAGUGUGUCAAUGGCUUUUCCGCUUCCUUUCAAGUAAAAACCGUAGCCAUGAAAGCCAAAGGAGAGUUGAAAGAAUAUGAAGUUAUCGGGCGCAAAUUGCCUACCGAAAAGGAGAAAACUACUCCUUUAUACAAAAUGAGAAUCUUCGCUCCUGAUCCCAUUGUAGCAAAAUCUCGUUUCUGGUACUUCUUGAGACAACUUAGAAAAUUUAAAAAAACAACAGGAGAAAUUGUAUCUGUACGACAGAUACCCGAAAAAACUCCAGUUAAAAUUAAAAACUUUGGUAUCUGGCUAAGAUACGAUUCCCGUUCAGGUACACACAACAUGUACAGGGAGUAUCGCGACCUCAGCGUAUCCGGAGCCGUUACAGCUUGUUAUAGAGAUAUGGGGGCCCGUCAUAGAGCUAGAGCUCAUGCAAUUCAGAUAAUUAAAGUUGAGGAAGUGAAAGCUUCCAAUACUAGAAGACCUCAAGUAAAACAAUUCCAUGAUUCGAAGAUCCGUUUCCCGUUACCAAAACGAAUCCAGCACAGAUCGAUGAAUCGGUUCUCAGUUCGCAAACCGAGAACAUAUUUCUUGUAAUUUGUUUGAAAAGUGGAUAAAUAAAAACGUUUAUAUAAAAAAAA